AUGUCAUUCGGAAGAGCAUCAAUCCCAAAGCCAUACAAUGAGCCAAUGCUCAACUAUGAGGUCGGUUCACAUCAGAGACAGUUGUUGAAGGAUGCCUGCAAGAGAUUGAGAGAGCAGCCACCCAUUGAGAUCCCAUGCAUCGUCGGCAAUGAGGAGAUCAGAACCGGUGACAUCCAGAAGCAGUUGACUUGCUCCGAUCACAAGCACGUCGUGUGCACCUUCCACCAGGCCAACGCCGAGGUGCUCCAAAAGGCCGUUGAUUCUGCCCUCGAGGCCAAGGUGCGCUGGGAGCAGCUGCCAUUCGAGGAUCGUGCCGCCAUCUUCUUGAAGACUGCCGAUCUGCUCAACACCAAGUAUCGUUACGAGAUCUUGGCCGCCACCAUGCUCGGACAGGGCAAGACCGUGUGGCAGGCAGAGAUCGACGCUGCCGCUGAGACCAUCGACUUUUUGCGCUUCAACCCCAAGUACGCCGAGGAGAUCUACUCUCAGCAGCCACCAGCCAACACCAACGGCUGCUGGAACCGUGUCGAGUACCGUCCAUUGGAGGGCUACGUCGUCGCCAUUUCCCCAUUCAACUUCACCGCCAUUGGCGCCAACCUGCCAUCGUCACCCGCUUUGAUGGGUAACGUCGUGCUGUGGAAGCCAGCUUCCACCGCCAUCCUCUCAAACUACAUCGUCUACAAGGCCUUCCGUGAGGCUGGUCUGCCAGCUGGUGUCAUUCAAUUCCUGCCAGGUAGUGGACGUCUCGUUGGAGACAUCCUCAUCAACAACAAGCACUUUGCCGGUCUGCACUUCACUGGAUCCACUGGAGUCUUCAAUGGAAUCUAUCAAAAGACUGCCGCCAAUCUGGCAUCCGGUCUCUACCGUGGCUACCCACGCAUCGUCGGUGAGACUGGAGGCAAGGACUUCCACUUUUUGCACAAGACUGGUGAGGUUGACCACUUUGUCUUCAACACCCUGCGUGCCUCCUUUGAGUACCAGGGCCAGAAGUGCUCCGCUUGCUCUCGUGCCUACGUCCCAGCCUCGCUGUGGCCAGAGAUCAAGGAGAAAUUGAUCGCCAACAUCAAGGAGAUGAAGCAGGGUCAGUCCGAUGACUUCUCCGUCUUUGUCUCUGCCGUCAUUGACAAGAACUCCUUCAACAACAUCAAAUCAUACAUUGACCACGCCAAGGCCAACCCAGCCGAUGCUGAGAUCAUUGUUGGAGGUGGAUGCGACGACUCUGUCGGAUGGUUCGUUCAGCCAACAAUCAUCCACGCCAAGAAGCCCAACUACAAGUCGAUGGAGGAGGAGAUCUUUGGACCAGUCCUGACCAUUUACGUAUAUGAGGAUGAUAAGUUUGAGGAGACUCUGAGACUUUGUGAUACAACAUCACCAUACGCCCUCACUGGUGCCAUCUUUGCCAGAUGCAGAUAUGCCAUUAACACUGCUAGCCAGAUCCUUAGGGGCGCUGCUGGUAACUUCUACAUCAACGACAAGUGCACUGGAGCCGUCGUUGGCCAACAACCAUUUGGUGGUGCUCGUGCCUCUGGUACCAAUGACAAGGCUGGUGCCUCUUUGAACCUCUUGCGAUGGGUCUCUGCUCGUACCAUCAAGGAGAACUUCAUUCCAUUGACCACCUGGAAGUACCCAUACCUUGCACCAGAGAACUAA